AUGGCACAACAGAACCCUCAAGUGCGCAAUGCUCAUUCGGAUGACGAGCUCGACGAUAUUCUAAAUGGCUUGACGGAUGGCCGAGACGCCACGAGCAUCCCCAAUGAUCAAACGCAACCAGAGCGUCCUAGCAAUAGAGAGUCUGAUCUUUCAGGGGCAGGACUAGGCAUCGACGAAGAAAUUACCAUAACGAAGAAACGUAUACCAAUACCAAAGCUUAACGAAGAGAGGCUGGCGUCAGAUCCAGGUAUCCCGAGGCUAAGAAAAAUCUCGAAAGAGCGUUUACGCUUUAAAGGAAAAGGCCACGAGUAUGGAGACAUCGCUCGCAUGCUGAACAUGUACCAGCUGUGGCUCGACGAUCUAUACCCGCGCGCCAAGUUUGCGGAUGCCCUUGCGAUAAUCGAGAAGGUUGGACACACGAAGCGGAUGCAGAUGAUGAGGAAAGAAUGGAUAGAUGAGGGGAAACCAAGGCGCACUACAGAGCGCGAUGAAGAGCAUAUCGACGAACUCCCAACGAACGAUGACCCAGCACAACCUGGCACGGAUGAUAUGCAAGGUAUAGAGUCGAAUAUGGAUGCUAAAAGUUCUGAGACUAUUCCAGGAAGACAGGAUCAAACUGAGGGCCAGUUGGGAGAUGUAACAGCGGGUGACGAUCCUGACGAAGACGAGCUGGACGCACUGCUGGCAGAGAGCACACAGCCGGAUACUGCAGUAUCAAGAGCAUUGCCUUCUCGCACAGCAGCGUCUAAAGAUGAUCCGUUCGCUGAUGAGAUGGAGGCCAUGGCUGAUAUGGAGGACAUGUGGUGA